AUGGCCCAGGUGGCGGAGUCAAAUAAUAAUGACAUCAUAUGCCCGAAAGGAGAUCAUAAAGAAGCCUGUUACAGUCGGCAUUUUGAACCAUCAUCAGAGUGGAAAAUUGUCAAGGAAGGUCAAAUGAUACCUACAGGUUUGGAAAUACGAAUGGGUAUAGAUGGAAGUGGAAUUAAAGAGGCAAGAAUUGCCGGUGAUGAUCAUGGAAUGGACGUUUCAGAUGCUGAGAUAAUACCAGCCGGUGAUGAGAAGAUCGGUCUAGAUUCAAAUUCGAAUCCGGAACAGGUGCUCGAAGUUUCAGAAGCACUAAAAAAUGAUGGAAUCAAUAAUUAUAAGGAGCAGACUAGUUUCUCCGAUCGGGAGGAAUUCAAGAGCCUCAGCGGAUAUAUCAUCACUCUAGGCAAGCAGAGAAAGCUGAGUUCUGAGAACUUCGAGACAAUAGUCAAGAAUCUGGAAAGACUUGCCGAGCUCAGCUCCGAUUAUGAGAUAGGGUCAGAUGUGUCCAAAGGGCAUUCUCUAGAGUCACUUUUGGCAUUGUCAGGAAUUUCAGAUAACAGCAAUCAUAAGGAUGAAUUCGUCUUCAGUGGUCUAGGCCAAAAGGAAAUUGUAAAAGUUAAGGACAUGAGUUUGAGAUGCCUUUCAAGUGCUUUAAGGAAUAACGACGAGAGUUUAGCACAUCUUUCAGAGGCCAUUCCAGAUCGCGUUUCAUUUGUAACAAGGCUCAUUUCUCAGGAAACAAACCCUUUGCUUCAAAGGCGGAGAAUCGGGUUGCUAGGAGCGUUGAUAACCAAUGACGAGUUUGAACAAGCAAUCAAUAACAACUCGGUCAGGGAAUUGUUGGAAAGGCUUGGCAGAAACUCGCCGAAUGAAUUGGUUCGGGAACGCGUUAGCAAUACUUUGUCGGAUUUGGCAAAUAAGCGAGGGGACGAAGCGAUUGUGAAGCAAUGA